AUGACUUCUUACUCGCAGUACCCCCAGUACGCCCAACCUCAGGGUCAAGCUCAAGCUGGCGCUGCCAACUUUUACUAUGGUAACUCUUACCAACACCCCCAGGCUCAACAGUACUACUAUGGCGGUAACCCCAGUGCCCCAGCUACUGGCUCUAGUUCUGCCAACGGUUCCGUUACUGGAUCUCCUGCUACCAACACUGCUGGUGUAACUGCCACUGGAACCGAGUCUGCAGCUGCUGGUUCCGAUAUUGCUGCCACUUACCAACAACAAGGUUACUAUGGCACUCCCUUGUACCAACAAGGAACCACUGGAUCGACCACUGGUCAAUCCACCACCCCUUCUUCUAACCAACCCCACCACCAACACCUCCACCAUCACAUUCAACAACAACAGCAACAAUCACAACAAAUCCAAGCUCAAACCCCUUACUAUAACCAAUAUCCCCCAUACAUGCAACAAACGCACCAAGGAACUGCUGCUAAUGCUCAGUAUGGAAACCACAGCUUGCAAUCACAACACUCGUUGGUUGCUCAACAACACCCACAACAACAGCAACACUCGUCUCCACAAGUGGCUCAAACCCACCAACAACCUGCUGUUAUCACUGACCCUACAGGACAAACUGCUCCUCCCGGUUCCAAGCCCAAGGUCACCACCACUUUGUGGGAAGACGAGGGUACUCUGUGUUUCCAAGUCGAGGCAAAGGGUAUCUGUGUUGCUCGUAGAGAGGACAACGAUAUGAUUAACGGUACUAAAUUGUUGAAUGUUGCUGGUAUGACCAGAGGCCGUAGAGAUGGUAUCUUAAAGGGAGAGAAGAACAGACACGUUGUCAAGGCCGGAGCCAUGCACUUGAAGGGUGUAUGGAUUCCUUAUGAACGUGCUUUGGACUUUGCCAAUAAAGAAAAGAUCAUUGACUUGUUAUACCCUUUAUUUGUCACUGAUAUCAAGGGUGUUUUGUACCACCCCGCUAACUAUGCUCGUACUGCCCAAGUCAUUUCUGCUGCUGCUCAACGUCGUAAAGAUUUGGCUGAUGCUGCUGCUGCCAACUCGGGCUCUGGCAGUCCUACCGGCUCUUCUGCUGGUGCCAAUGGUAAUGGUAUCACUGGAGCCAACCCUGGUGGCGUGCAAUCAUCGCAAUCUUACUACUACCAAGACGGCCGUAAGGAGAUGUCGUCAGGAUCUCCCACCGGAGCCAACCGCAAGCUUCCUCAGCUUCCUAACCCACCUUCAUCGGCUUCUCCUUCAGUGAUCCAGGGUGUUCAGAACCAAUCUGCCACUGGAUCUGGAAACAACGACAGUUACUCGACUGCUCCUAACUCUCGUGUUCCUACUCCUAACAGCAACGCCUUUGCCAACGGCCAACAAACCCAAGCUGCUGGUCAACAGACCGGAACUAACGAAUAUGCCGGAUCCACUACUCCCUUGACCGACUCGGUUCCCCACACCCCCUCAUCGGCCAACCUGAUCCACAAGACCGGACAAAACCAGGUCUCCACUGAGGACGACAAAACCCAGGCCGCCGCUUCGGCCAACAACUCGUCCAACCCAUCUCCCAAGAUCUACGGAGACGACGCCCUCAAGCAGGAGUAA